CGAGUUUAGUCGUAAACAAACACAUCCGUCUAAUGUAGGAACGGUUAUACACCGUGAAUUUGCUCUCUGUGUGUGAUAAUGGCGGCAUUCAAAUCUCAGCUUAAAGCCCUGACAUUGGACCAAAAACGAGAGGCAUUUGAAAAAUCUGGAAUCAAGGAGACGUUUACAGAGGGUGAGCUUGUGCUCGUUACAGAAGAAUAUUACCCUAAAGCUUUAGAAUUUAUCCGAACAAACUUUAUUGUCCAAGAACCAAUCGAAAAGGCUCUGGGUUUACAGUGGAAUGAUGAAGUUGAAGAGUUUUGGUCAACAUUCUUCAGGUGGAAUAUAUCCAUUAUGUUGCUGGCCGAAAAUGGUGACGUCAUGGCGAUUCGGACUUCACGGUUCUUGUCGUAUGAUGAAUCGCCAGAUGAUGACGCUAUCAAAACGCGAGAGUUAAGACUCCUAGAGCAGUUUUGUCAUAUAGGCGAAGCUAAAGCGGAUUUCUUUGGUCGUUUUGGAGCUAAGGAAUGUAUUCAUUUCUUCGGGCUUGGCACAAACGAUAAAUACAGACAAAAGCACCUGGCAACCCGGAUGUUAAAUGCAGCGGUAGAAUUCGGAAGGUUUUUAGGAAUUGAUCCAUUGUUCAUCAAAGGAGAGGGCUCAAAUGUCUUUUCCAAGCUGGUGUACGAGCAUUCAGUUGCAAAAUUUGAGUUGUUACAUGAAGAAGCCUUCGACAAUUUUGAGGUGGAUGGUGUUAAACCGAUUCAGAACACAGGACCGAACACCUCUUUAAGAUUUUAUGGCGUGAAAAUUUCGUCCAAGGAGUGAGACAUGGGCAACUGAAGACUCGUUACAUGUAUAUCUAACAUCAAUAAGGAUAAUCCACUGAAGUUCGCCAUAAAUAAGUUGCUUAUUUCAUGUUUUUAGAAAGUGUAAGAAACCAGUGAGCAUCAUGUUUUACUGGUUAGUGUGUAUCAUGGUUAACUGGUUAGUGUUUUCUAGGGUUGGUAAGGAUAAAACUAAGACCCUCUACAAAAAGCAUAUUUUAGUUUGAUCGAAAUCCAUAUACAUCUUGCAUUGGUAAGAGGAAUAUGUUGGAUAGAAGCGUAAACCAUAUAUAUAAACGAGAAAGUGUAUUUAAGAACCUUGUAUAGAAUAUUCAUAGUCCAGUCAAUGACAAUAAUGGGGCCAAUUGCAACAAUGUGCUAUGAAAUCAUUGUACUCAUUCUAUACUAAUAUUUUGAUAGCUUAUUCUCAGUUGCUCCUAUUCCAUAUAUACACUUUAAAUCAUUUAGUCAGGGUAUAUUUUACAUGUCUUCUUUUAUUAUAUAUGCAAAUAUAGCUUAAGUGAUUAAAACACUUUUUUUGUUGUUCAUCAUAGUUAAAGCUACAUUUAACGAAUCUUCGAACGCGCCCUCGAUAAGUUUGACAAUAUCUUUCAUACUACUAAAUGUUAGAUAAUUUCACACAUUUAUAACGGUAUUGGUUAUGGCAUACUGAAAUUUCAACAAAAUCCAGUGAUGCUAUGAUUUCAUCUUGACUCGACCAAAAUUUAAAAAAGUCAAGCAACUAAGUAAAUGUCUAAAAUUAAGGGAAAAAAACACAAACGAAUUUCAUAACAAGGCAAGAAUCAUCACAAAACAAAAUAACUUCUUUAUCCUGUCAUAUCUCGGGAACAAUUUAUUUUAAUAUUUCACCAUUUAUCUGUGAAAAUUUAAUAUUAUACAGCUCUGUAUCCUGAUAAAUGAUAUUUGCUCGUUGUAUAAUAAGAUCUUUAAAAAGAUCCUUUGGAAGCAUGGACUAAAGCAUAAAACACUCGUUUUAUGUAUAUCUUUCAUAUAACUAUAACGUUAACUUUCAAAAACUGUGUAAGAUAUUACAAACAAGAUUCAGAUGGCGUUAAAAGUUUCGAUUAAUUUAUUUACAAGUCCUAUGACUUUACAGUCGCAAACUGAAACUUUUCUGUCCAUAGUUUGCUGAAAACUGGCCGGAUUCAGUUAUUCAAAUUGUUCUCUCGUGGUUUUGUUGGUCUGAUCGUCCGGCUAGGUUGCACCGCAAAAUGGUAGCAACGCAUUUUGGAAGACACAACCAAAAUUCGGCCGAGUUUUGGUAGUCACUGCCAAAAUGCGUUACUCUCAAUGCAAUUUGGUAGUUUACAAAAAUGUAGUACUAAAAUGCGUUGGAUAUGUACAUAUCCAACGCAAAACGGUAGUAAUAAUAAUCUCAUGAUUUACAAAAAAAAAAUAUUUUAUGACGAAUGGACAAUAUUAUUUCAAAGAGAGCCAUGAUGGAACUUAUAAAGAACUAUUUCAAAGAGAGCCAUGAUGGAACUUAUAAAGAACUUAUAAAGGAACUUAUUAAGUCUGCUUCAAGGACAUAUUCUUGAACCCCUAGAGUUAACAGGAUGCAUGGCAUGCACAUUUUUAAGAUAACAAUCAGUAUGCAGCCAGUGGACUGGAAAUUUUAUGCAGACUUAAUGUAUCCAGAGUAACCACUGUCUCUUUGAAACAAAGCUUCCAUUCAGGGGUAAAAGUUUGCAAUAUUUUCAAUUAGCUACAGUAGCUAACCCCACUUUGCUUAUAAAUUAUAUGGAAAUGUGACUCGCUUAAAUUAAUGCUACAACAAUAAUUUAAAUUAUAUAUUGCUGGCCAGCAUUUUGAAAAGAUGAAAAUUUUACAAGGCUUUACAUUUUAUGUUAAAAACAGAAGAAACCGCUAUCCAAAUAGAUGAUAUUGAUAAAUUACAUGAUUAGAAUUUUUUGUCAAAUACUUUAAUUACUUUUUUAUUCAGGUGUCAAACACAAGAAAGGUUAAGAAAAGAGUUUAACACUACGAUAAAAGCCGAGAGUAUACCGCAUGAUAGGACCUAUUCGCCGUAGGUGGCAACACCUGUCAAAUCAUUUGGGAAGAUAACUCUGCGAAUGCUGCUGUUAUUGUACUGGGUAGUUUAAUCUUUCUGGCGUCAGUUUCUCUGUCAAGAAAAUUGAAGUUUUGCAUGUAAGGAAGUUUCUUAGGUACUAUUAGGCUAAAAUGUAAUAUUUUCAAAUUUUACACAUGUGUCUUGCAGCAUAAGAUAAUCUCUGUUGCCAAGUUACAUAAAUCUAGCUUUAAUAAGUUCCUCAAAACUGUGCACCUUCGUGUAAAUUGAACUCCUAUUUAAAUUUUGUAACAGUUUUCUAUGUAAGCAUGUUUCUAUAUGAAUCUUUGGCAUCAUGGGAUGUCCUAAGCUUAGUAUGUAAAUUUUAUAACUCUGACUUAUAUUUUAGCAAAAUUAUGCCCCUUUGUUGUUGUUGUUGUUGUUGUAUAAAAUCUUGCCAAUUUAAACAGUUUCAAAAAAUCAGAUGUUUUUUUUUGUAAUCAGACAGCUAUUGUUUAUUUCUAUCUAAUUAGAUGAUGAUGGUCUGCUU